AUGACCAAACCAAGAGUGUUGUACUGGUUUCGAACCGACUUGAGACUUCACGAUUCGCCAGCGUUGAAGGCUGCUCUUGACCUACAACCUGAAGUCCUGUAUCCGAUCUGGUGUUGGGACUCUCACUACGUCUACAGGGCAAGAGUAGGAGCAAAUCGGUUUCAAUUCCUCAUCGACUGUCAAAACGAUGUCUCGAAAAGCAUCACGAAGUUGAACAAGAAGAGCAAGCUUUUCGUGCUUCGUGAGCCUGCAGUGACACUAUUGCCGAAGCUCUUCAAGGCUUGGAAAAUUAGCCAUUUGGUCUUCGAAAAGGAUACUGAUGCUUACGCACGAGAGCGAGAUGCCAAGGUCACCGAAGCAGCCAAGAAGGCAGGAGUGGAAGUCAUCAUUAAGAACGGAAGGACUCUCUUCGACCCAGACGACAUCGUGAAGGCGAACGGCGGGAAACCAACGAUGAGUAUCAGCCAACUUCAACAGGCAGGAGCGAAAAUCGGGGACAUUGAGCAACCCAUCGAUGCACCAAAGUCUUUGCCUGACCCCGGAGACAUGACCUUGAAGAUUGAGCAAACCAAGCCCGAUCCGAAUCCCGACUUCAACGAGAGCCAUCGCGAGAGCGACGAUGCAACUUUCGACUCGGGAAUCGCUGGUCCAAGUGGUAAAUUUGAUCCUCCUACGCUUGCGGAGCUGGGCAUGAAAGCUGCUACCUCGCCACACAAGGGCGGCGAGUCUGUCGUCUUGCACAGUCUGGAGAAUAUUCUGGCUGAUGAAGACUACGCGGCCACGUUCCAGAAGCCGAAAACGUCUCCAGCUGCAUUCGAGCCACAAUCGACCUUUUUGACCUCCCCAUAUCUGCACUUCGGUGCUCUGUCAUGCCGCUACUUCUAUCAUCGAGUCGCAGAGAUUGUCGAGAGGAGAAAGAAGGAGAAGAAGCCCACGAGCUCGCCACCCGAAUCAUUGGCCGGGCAACUUCUUUUCCGCGACAUGUAUUUUGCGGCACAGGCCUCGCUUGGCUGGAGCUUUGGUCAAACAUACAACAAUUCUCACUGCCGCUUUGUGCCAUGGCAUCUUCCCAGCAAAGUCGACAUUCUGAGUAAGCGCACGACUGGAGCGUAUGAGAUUGACGAUGAGGAGAAAGAAAUCUGGUUCCAGCGGUGGCGGUCCGGCACCACUGGCUUUCCGUGGAUAGAUGCAAUCAUGAGGCAGCUUAGAGCCGAGGGCUGGAUCCAUCAUUUAGCAAGACAUUCAGUGGCAUGCUUCUUGACCAGGGGUGGAUGUUACAUCUCGUGGGAAAGAGGUGCUGAGGUGUUUGAAGAACUAUUGAUUGAUCACGAAGCUGCAUGUAACAUUGGGAAUUGGCAAUGGCUCAGCUGUACGGCAUUUUUUGCUCAAUUCUAUCGGUGUUACAGCCCAAUUGCUUUUGGAAAGAAAUGGGAUCCGGAUGGCGACUUUGUCCGCAAAUACGUACCAGAGCUUAAAGACUUCCCCAAGAAAUUCAUUUACGAGCCACACAAGGCACCCAUCGCCGAUCAGAAAAAGGCCGGAGUGCUCAUCAAAGGAGACGGCUCGGACACGGAGAUGGAUGGACUGAAAGUAUACCCAAAGCCCAUGUUCGACUUCAAUGAACGACGUGAAAUCUGUCUUCAGGGCAUGAAGAAUGCAUAUCAAGUGGGAAUGUACGGCACGCACGAGAAAGUGCUUGAUGGCAGCUGGAAGCAGGCUUUCGACGAUGCGGCUGAAGGUCCGACCGAGGGCGAUCAUGGAGGUCCGGGUGGACUGGACACUUACUCUGAUGCGGACGGCGCCGAAGAGGCAGAUCCAGUUGCAGCGAAAACGUCGAAAUUGAAGAAGCAAGGUUCGAAAGGAAGUGCUUCAACGCAGUCGAGCCCCAAAGCCACACGGGCUGGACACAAGAGAGAACAUUCCCAGAGCACUCUCGAUGGGAAAUUUGAGAAGCGGACCAGGGGCUGAGCUGUGGGGGUCGUCUGAUCAAGAGUUCGAUUACCCAUGAUCCGGUUGAGUGCUGUUCUUGGCUGGUGCUACUUGAGAGAUCAAUUCGGUGUUGUACAACGGGCGAUGGCUCCUCGGGCGACGGGCAGUAGUUCUAUGGCGUCUUCAAAGCCUGCUGUGACGCUUGCCUUCUUCAUCCUCGUUCGACGAAACCUUCUCCACCAACCCGUCGAUAUCGUUCUCGAGAGCCCCACCGUAUAGAGCAGGCGGAUGGAAAGCCAAAUUAGACAGUUGACUCGGAAUAGAGUCAUUAGAUUCACUUGCCUUCGGUAUCAAUUGUGGCCAAGAGCAUGGAUGCCGC